AUGCUGAAAGGUGCAGAUGAUGCUGUUUUGGAGCAGGAGGACUCUGCUUCCCGACGUGGAGAAAUGACAAGUUGGGAUAUCAAUGACAUCAAACUUCCCCAGGAUGUAAGACAAAUAGACUGGUUUCAAGAAUGGCCAGAUUCCUACGUAAAACAUAUCUAUAGUUCAGAGGAUAAAAAUGCUCAGAGGCACCACAGCAGCUGGGCAAUGAGAAACACCAACAACCACAAUUCUCGCAUCUUAAAAAAGUCCUGCCUUGGGGUGCUGGUCUGCAGCAACGACUGCUUGACCUUGGAUGGGAGGAAGAUCUACCUAAGACCAGCCAUAUGUGAUAAAGCUAGGCAAAAACAACAGCGGAAAUGCUGUCCAAACUGCAAUGGACCCCUGCGGCUCCUUUCCUGCCGAGGCCAUGGCGGUUACCCAGUUACCAACUUCUGGAGGCAUGAAGGCCAAUUCAUUUUUUUUCAGUCCAAAGGAGCUCAUGACCAUCCACGUCCAGAAACAAAACUAGAAGCAGAAGCACGAAGGUCAAUCCAAAAAGCACAGACAGCUUUUUCUCCAUCUUCUCCAAGAUUAAAAAGAAUCCGGGAGGUUGAGUCUCUGCCAGGUGCAACGCCGACGCGGGAGGCUCCUUUGCUCCUUUCCAAGCCGGAUGCUUACCCACAACCUGUUAAUUUUGGGGGACAUGUAAGCAAAAGCUCCCGGGAGCCGAUGCUGGGCAGCUGCUCUGGGCGGACACCGUUCCCAAGGGCAGCUGGGGAGGACGAGGGCUCCAGAGAGCUGCCAACCUGGAGCAGGAUCCCAUCCCUGGGGAGGACCUCCAUCGCCGGGAGGCCUUGCCGGAGCCCUGCCAUCCCGCCCUGCUCAGCCCCUUCCCCCCGGCACUGUGCCCACCCCAGCAGCCAGCACGUCCUGCCUGUGAUGAAGGGUGGCCAAGGCCCCUUCAGGCCUAACGCUGGCCCUUCAGGGGAUGGAUCCCCUCCAGCAUACAGUGGCAGCUGCCUCCAUCCGCCGCCCUACCCUGCACCUCAGGGUGGGCCCUGCCCCAUGGCGAGCGGGGCACACCACCACCGACAGCUCUUGGCGCCUCCAAGGGGAAAGCAAGGAGAUGGGGGCGAGGGAGGGAGACAUAUGGGUCUCAGCUACUGCCGGGACGACAUGUUUUUUAACCUGUACCCAUUACGGUGA